AACAGAGAAGAAACCAUUCGGAGAAAAAAAAGAAGAAGAAAUAGAGAGAGAGAGGAAAAUAUCCCCACCCCACCCGCACGCACGCGUCUCCGAUCCGAGCUCCAGAUCUGCGGCGACCACCUCCUCCCUCCCCGGCGCCGGCGCCGGCGGCCUUCCACGAUGCCUUCGUCGGAGCAGGGGGGCUCGCCCCUGCGCCGCCUCCUCCUCCGCGUCGACGCGCUCGUCCUCCCCUCCGCUUGCUCCCACCGUCUCAAGCCUUGGUCCUCCCUCCUCCCUCAUCCCUACCCCCGCUCCUCCUCCUCCUCCUAACGCCCAUCCCUCCCUGCCUCCGCGACCUGCUCCCGUGCCCUCCCCCUCCUCCUCCUCCUCCCCCGUUUCUGCCGCUCCUCAUAGCUACCCACAGCGAUAGGCCUCUUACCUGAUUACUGCUGUUGAUUUGGAUUGGAUUGGGAGUGUUUGCGUUGAAUCGGUUGGUCGCACUCGGUUUGGAUUGGGUUGGACCGGGAUCAGCGCCGCUGUAGCAUCGGGCCAUCGGCUCGCUUUGGUUUUGGUCUUGGGGUGUUAGGGUUUCGGUGCUAGGCUGUUGCUUGAUGGAUGGUCAUUCCUGUGGUGAUCUCGAGAGAGUGCCGGCAGUGACAUCUGACGGUACCUCGUCGGGUAUUUUCGCGGACGGCAUUACGAGUCUGCCUGAGAAGCAUUGUGCGCUGGUUGAUGGAGCUUCUCAAGUGGCGGCGGAGAAUGCCGAUAGGUUGUCGGAAGCUGGGACGGGUAUGGAUUUCUCCAACGCCACCAGCUUGGGGGUGAAGAAAGGGUUCCAGAAGUGCAUGACGUUUCCACCCUCUGGCGGUGAGGCACAGCAACAGGGUUCAUGCUGUGCUGCAGAUAAGGAUCACAAGGAUGCGCCCAUCUAUGAGCGCUCGGUGUCACUGCCCCCAACUUUGAAGAUCAUAUCUGCCAUGAAAGGAAGCCGCGAAAAGAAUGGGUUGGCUUCACCAACUGAGAGUCGCCACGUCAAAUGGGCCCCUGACGUGUAUGACCCCCCUGUGACAUCUGUAUGUCAUUCAGUGAAUAACAGUUAUCAGCGUCGGUCCAAGUCCCGGAAGAAGGACAAGAAUAAGCAGAAGGAGAAACAAAAGAAAAAGGGGAGGUCCAAGAAAAACCGUCAGAAUACUAUCCAGAGUUCUGCGGUGCUCCAAGCUCCUGGCAAACUUGAUAGGCUGGAAGAUGCUGAAGCCUCAAGUGGUAGUUCAGCCCCAGAUGAUUUCAACAAACAUGAGACUGAGAUAUUGGAUUAUGGCAUCAGCAGUCAAGAAGCCAAAUGUGGAAGCAGCUUUUUGCGUGAAACGGCUGCUAAAAUGCAUUUCUCUACUGCUGAGGCUUCCUAAAAGGAAAAUGGGUCCUGCUGAUUCACCCUUAGUAUGUAAAUAUGAUGGAUGUGUGUAGAUAAAUAAAUCCAGUUUGUUGAUGUGUUUCCUCCUGUGUGGAGGCGUUAAGAGAACUUAUGGCGUGCUUUUGAUUUGGAGCAGUUACCAUGACUGUUAUACUGGGUUUUGUAUGUGUGAUGGACAAAACUAAGCAUUAAUCUAUGGAGCCGCAGUUGUUUCCUUGAUGAAAA